AUGACCUUCUUACUGAACAUUCAUUUCAUCCUAAUAAUGAUAGUAUUUAUUGCAGGAAAUUUGGCCAAUGGCUUCAUAGCUCUGGUGAACUGCAUUGACUGGGUCAAGAGGCAAAGGUUCUCCUCAGCGGAUGGAAUUCUCACUGGUCUGGCGGUCUCCAGAAUUGGUUUGAUCUGGAUAACAUUAAUAAAUAGGUAUGCAACUGUGUUUGUUUCAGCUUCCUAUACUUUAGAAGUGAACGUUAUUGUUAAUCUUGCCUGGAUAACUUGCAACCAUCUUAGCACCUGGCUUGCUACAUGCCUCAACAUAUUUUAUUUGUUCAAGAUAGCCAAUUUCUCUAACCUUCUAUUUUUUUAUUUGAAGAGGAGAAUUAAAAGAGUGGUUCUAGCAAUACUGUUGGGGAGUUCGGUCUUUUGGAUUAUGCAUGUUGCUGUGACGAGUGUAGAAGAAGAUGUAUGGACAAGUGAGUAUGAAGGGAACACCACUGGGAUGAGCACUGGGAAGGAAAUGAUACGCUUUUCCCACAUGACUGUCGUUACAGUGGUGAACUUCAUACCCUUCCUUAUGUCCUUGGCAUCUUUUCUGCUGUUAAUCUUCUCUCUGUGGAAACACCUCAAGAAGAUGCAACUCAGAGGCAAAGGGUCCCCAGACCCCAGCACCAAGGUCCACAUCAGAGCCAUGCAGACUAUGGUCUCCUUUCUCCUGCUCUUCACCAUUUUCGUCCUGGCUCUCAUCAUCUCCCUUUGGAGCUCAAACAAGCUCCAAAACAAACUAUCCUUAGUGUUUUGUGAGAGUCUUUUAGUCCUGUAUCCUUCAAGCCACUCAUGUAUCCUGAUUUGGGGAAACCAGAAGCUAAAGCAGGUCUGUAUGUCACUUCUGAGGCAGCUGAACUGCUGGCUGGAGGAAAGGAAGCAGGUGGGAGCUCCCGAGUCUUUGUGCAGAAAGCAAACUGGAGUCUAA